AUGGAGGACCAAAGCCCUAUUCCCGUCGGUAACUCGACCGAGCCUUUCUGGAGAACAGAGCUCCGCGAGUUGGACAGUCAUCGCAGCACCGAGCAUCUUCCUGCCGAGUGCGAUGUUUUGAUCAUCGGCGCUGGGUUUGCUGGCACUGCUCUUGCCCACUACAUUCACGAAGACAACCCUUCCCCUCCAUCUGUAGUGAUUCUGGAAGCUCGAGAGGCGUGCUCAGGUGCCACAGGGCGCGGUCAACUGAAGCCUGAUGUUUACUUCAACAUACCCAAGUACAUCGAGAAAUAUGGCGUGGACGCCGCGGUUGAGGUCGCCAACUUCGAGUCUUCACAGGUCUUUGCAGUGAAAGAACUCGUAGAGAAGGAGAAGAUAGACUGUGACUUCACUCUGACCAGGACCUGCGACGCCACUUUGGAUGAGGGUCUCGCUGCCGCAACUGAGGAGGCGUUCGCGAAGCUGGUCGAGUCCGGAGUGGCUAAUCUCAAGGAUGUGCAUUACACACCUCGGGCACAGGCUGAAAUGGUAAACAAUCCCUACCCGCACAUUAUUGAGCUUGGCACAUGGAGAAUUGCUGAUCAGAAGUCUCAGGUUUCAGGCGUAAAAGGUGCCCUAUCGUGUUUCACGUUCACAGCGGGCCAUCUUUGGCCGUAUAAGAUGGUAAUGCACUUGCUGAAAGGCGUUGUGCAGAAAGGAGCAAACCUCCAGACUCAUACCCCUGUCACUCAUAUCUCAGAAAAUCCCCUCCCUGACGGCCGCUGGGAGGUUUCCACGGCGCGAGGAAGUAUCAAGGCUAAGAAGGUUUUACUGGCUACUAACGGAUACACUUCACACUUGGCCCCAGAGUUCAAGAACCAUAUUGUGCCCGUACGAGGCAUCUGCAGUCGCAUUGUGGUGCCUCAAGGGGAAACAGCACCGUACAUGUCGCAGACCUACAGCAUCCGACACGGACCGUCAAUGUACGACUACCUUAUACCCAGGAACGAUGGUAGUAUUGUUGUCGGCGGCGCGAAGCCGACCUUCUGGGCCGACCGGUCUCAGUGGUACAAUGUGUUCGACGACAGCAAGCUCAUUGAGCCAGCAAGGACUUAUUUUGACGGGUUGAUGCAGAGGACAUUUCGUGGGUGGGAGAACAGCGGUGCUUAUACUGACAAAGUCUGGGCUGGUAUCAUGGGUUUCAGCUCUGAUUUCAUGCCGUAUGUGGCCAAGGGAGUGGUGCAGAUGUUGCGCCACGGAAAGUCCUUUGCAGAGACAGGUAUACCCUCCUUAUUCCAGGCCACUAAGGAGCGUCUGGAAAACACGAAGAACUCUAUCAUAGACGAACACGGUGUCCAGCAUGUGAGGGGCAAGUUGUAG